AUGUCAUCUCCCACAGUGCAGAGAGCCACUGGUACUCCCCGAAAGCUACGAGCCGGAUCAGGCUCGAGCGCUGGACAUGUCGCCGAGGAGAGCCCCUUGAAGAGAACCCCCCAGAAGCUCCAGGUCCGGAGCCGCAAGCCGAUCGAAGAAGACGUACCCGAAGAGCCGGCCACUCCGUCACCGAAACCACGCAAGACAAUGCAGGGCGAGCAGAGAGAUGCGCCGGAGGAAACACAAUCGCAGGCUUCUGGGUCUGUUGGGGGACCGGCGGGUGGUCUGGCGGGUAAGGUAACGGACACUGCUGGGGCGUUGACAAGGACCGGUCAACAGACAUUGGCGACCACUACCGGUGUUGAUUUGUCUUUCUUGAAGGGACUCGAGGUUAGCGAGUGGGGUCAGGUGUUGGGUGAUGAUGGAAACCCGGUUGGUAGGAUCGUGGAGGGGGAGCCCCAGGAUCUUGUCGGAUAUGCCGUUGGCGAUAAUGGCGAGAUCCUGGAUGAUGAUGGCGACUUGAUUGGUCGUGUUGAGGCGCUUCCGGAGGCGAUCGAGGAAAACACAGGUCAGGCGAAGAAGACGAUCGGUGGUCUUGCUGAGUUGAAUGGAAUUCCGGUCUCGGAGGGGGGCUUUAUCAAGGACGAGGCUGGAGAGACAGUCGGCAAGGUUGUGGAGGGAGAUGCUCAGGAUCUCGUCGGUUAUGCGCCGAACGAGAAAGGGGAGAUCCUCGACGACGAAGGUGACCUUGUCGGACGUGUCGAGCCUGUGUCCAAAGCCGGAAGUGCUGGUAGUGCUGCCGGAUCCCAAAAGUCGGGUUCUCAGGGCACGAAGAGUGCUGGAAAGAGUGUCAGCGAGGAAGGACCAGCGGAGCUGGGCAAGAUUAUCAACCCAUCGACCGGAAAGCCGGUCGGUGAGCUGGUUGAAGGCGACCCGAAGAAGCUCACUCGGCUUGGGGCUACACUCGAUGACCAGGGCCAAUUCUGGGAUAACCGCGGCAAUGUGAUCGGUCGGGCCCAGACGCUUCCCCAGCAGGACUAUAGUGAAGAACCUCCCUUUGCUGGCUUAGACGGCCUCCAUGUCGUGGAAGACGGUUGGGUUGAGGACAACAAGGGCAAGCGUGUGGGCAAGAUCGUUAAUGGUGAACCAAAGAAGGUCCUCGGUCGCCCGGUUGAUGAGGAUGGAGAGGUCACUGACCAACAUGGAAAUGUUAUUGCAAAGGCUGAAUACUAUGAGCAGCCGGAUGAGCCAGAGCCUGAGGAGCCUGAGGUGGUCGACCUAUCGAAGCUGGAUGGAUUGACCUGCAACAAGCUGGGAUAUGUUAUGGGACCGAACGGAGUUCCAAUUGCCCGCGUCGUCGAAGGAAACCCCAAGGAACUGGCCGGUAAAGAAAUCGACGAUGGCCAGAUCUGGGACGGUCGCAAGCCCAUUGGACGCGUGGAGCUCAUUCCUGAGAAUGAGCGCGAGAAGAAGCCUGAAGGCCCGUUCGCUGGCCUGGAGAACCUGGUUGUGAAUGCGGAAGGAUUUGUUCAAGACACCGAUGGUAACAUUGUCGGCAAGGUUACUGAAGGUGAACUGAAGAACUUGCGCGGACGCACUGUGGAUGAGGACGGAGACAUUAUUGACAAGUUUGGCAACGUGAAAGGCCAUGCCGAGCCAUACGAGCCUCCAGAGGAGGAGGUUGUUGAAGAAGACUUGUCAAUCCUCGAAGGUAAGAUCGUCAACAAGGCCGGCAAUGUCGUGGAUGCCCAAGGAAACGUCUUUGGCCGAAUUACCUCAGGUGACAAGCGACUUGCUGGGCGGAAGGUUGAUGGUAAAGGCCAAAUCUGGGGUGACGAUGGCAAGGUCAUCGGGAAAGCUGAGCUUGUACCUGGCGCCGAGCAAGAGAAGCCGGAAGGCGCCUUCUUCGGCUUUGACGACGCGGAAGUUGGAAAGGAUGGCGUGGUCACUUCCGGUGGUAAGAUUAUCGGCCGUGUCAUUGAAGGUGACGCCAAGCGACUCCAGGGACGCAAGGUCGACGAAGACGGGGAUAUCCUGGACAAGAAUGGAAACACCAUCGGCCGAGCAGAGCGUUGGGAGCCGGAGGAGAAGCAACGAAGCGUCAACCCUAUGGCAGGGCGCAAGGUUACCCGUGAGGGUGAAGUCCGAGACGUCGACGGUAAUCUGAUCGGAAAGCUGACCUCGGGUAAUUUGGCCACUCUCGUGGGCAAGGAGAUCGAUGAUAAUGGGUUCGUCGUGGACAAUGAUGGUAACAAGCUGGGCGAGUGUACUCUGCUCGAGAACUUGCCCGAGGAGGAGGAGGAAGAAGAGGUCGUCGAGGAGGAGCCAGGUCCAUCGCCAGAAGAGCUCGAGCAGCAAAAGAAGGUUGAAGAAGAUAGACAGCUGGCGAAGAAGAUGAGUGCCAUUAUUGGACAGACUUUGGAUCGUGUUCGGCCAAUCUGCAAGAUGAUUACAGAGCACAUCGAGAGAGCUGAGCGUACCCCGAAAGAAGAACUGGAUGAAGAAAAGUUGGUAAAAGAUGUGAAGCCGCUUCUUGAAGAGGGUGGUCGCAUCCUCCAAGAGUGCAAUGGCGCCAUUCGGGCUCUUGAUCCAGAUGGUCGUAUUGCAGCGACAGCGAAGGCUCGCGCUGCCUCACACGAAGCGUCUCCCGAAGAGUAUGCCCUUGCCGACCAGAUCAAAGAAAUGACAGAUACCGUCGUUAGUUGCAUUGAGAAUGGGAAGAAGAAGAUCGCCGAUAUGCCUCAUGCCAAGAGACAGUUGAACCCCCUCUGGGCCCUUCUCAGCGAGCCUUUGUUCCAGAUCAUCGCCGCCGUAGGUCUACUUCUGACUGGCGUGCUUGGGCUUGUUGGCCGCCUGCUUGAGGGUCUCGGUCUGGGGCCUCUUGUGCAUCGCUUGCUCGGUGGCUUGGGUCUUGACAAGCUGCUUGACAGUUUGGGCUUAAGUUCUAUCACUGACGCUCUCGGCAUUACUGGCAAGAAGAAAUAG